AUGGAGAACGAGGAGAAGAAAUUCCGUGUCAUCAUCGUUGGUGGCUCGGUUGCGGGUCUGACCCUGGCUCACUGUUUGGAGAAAAGCAAUAUCGAAUAUGUCGUUUUGGAGUCACAGCAUGAUAUAGCUCCUGCAGUAGGUGCUUCAAUUGGAAUUUUCCCCAAUGGUGCUCGGAUUUUCGACCAACUAGGUGCAUUCGAUGAUAUCCUGGAUGUAGUCUUGCCUUUGAGGAAGGCAAUCUACUGGUCAGGAAAUGGGAAACUCAUCAUGGAAGAUGAGACCCCUCGUAUCCUCCAGGAAAGACAUGGCUACGAAACAACUUUUUUCGACCGUCAGCUCUUGUUGGAAAUUCUAUAUAACAGAUUAGGAGAAAAAGACCGAGUCCAGACCAGCAAGAAAGUCGUGAAAGUGGAACACUUGCCAACAAAAGUCUUGGUUCACUGCGCUGAUCAGUCGGUAUUUGAGGGAGAUAUCGUUGUUGGAGCCGAUGGAGUGAGAAGUACUGUGAGAAAGGAAAUGUGGCGCCACAUGGAAUCAAUGGGAAUGGAAAAGGAGGCGAAAGAGGAGAAAGCCAUCAUGUCAUCCGAGUACUCCUGCGUAUUCGGAAUAUCGACCGCAACCCUCGGGCUAGUCCCUGGAGAUUGUCAUCGGACAUACGAAAAGGACUACUCCUCACUGACCAUUGCAGGCAAAAACAACCGUGUCUUCUGGUUCUUGUUCUCUAAGAUGGACAGGGUCUACGCUGGAUCUGAAAUUCCUCGUUUCAGUGCUGAGGACAUGGAGAAACACCUUGCUCAACACUCUGACAAGCCAAUCACUGACAACAUCCCUUUCUCCGCUAUCUAUCAGAAUGCCGUAUGCAAGACCUUCUUAGCUCUGGAAGAAGGUUUCCACAAGAAAUGGUGUAUGAACCGAUUUGUUUGCAUCGGAGAUUCGGCACACAAGAUGACUCCUAAUAUGGGUCAAGGUGGUAACAGCGCGAUAGAAAGUGCUGCAUCGCUAGCCAACCACCUGACUCAGCUUGUCCGGAACUCAUCCAAUGGAGGGAUUACUCUGGAGGACGUCAAAAUUUGUCUGAACAAUUUCCAGACGGCACGACAGCCGCGGGCAGAAGAUAUCUAUAAACAAGCAACCGCUUUGACUCGAUUGGAAGCCUGCGCAACCCUCAAGGAUCGACUGAUGGCAUUGCACGCACUGCCUUACUUGAAAUCGUACUCCAUCGACCGCAUGACCAAAACGUUUGUUGGAGCAGAAAGGCUCGAGUAUAUCCCACUUACCCCAAGAGCAUCGAACUGCACCAUGCCCCUACAUACUCAAUCAGGACUUUCAAAGAAAGACAAGGAAACAACCUGGAUACGAGCUAUCUCCACCACUCCCCUCAUUGGAUGCGCCAUGGCUGCAAACAGUAUCAUGGGGUCUACGAUGGGGGGCUUUUGGCCGCAUUUGAUGUCAAUAAUUCGCCAGGGAGUCUGGACCUCCAGCAAUGGAGAGACUGUUAGUCUGACCAGAUCGUUGUACAACGUCCCUUUCCUUGACCAAAUAUUUACACCCCUGAUUACUUGCUUCUUGCCAUCGAUCAGUGGAUCCGAUGCAGUGUCCCGUUCUCAAAUGUUCUCCUUCUUGACCGACUGUGGCCCAGUCUACACAAUCUGGCUACUUGAGAGCUGUCGACAGGGAAAAUCGGGAUUUGAGGUUGUCCUGCCUAUAGUUUCCGGAACUCUUUUUCAGCUGCUGGGAAUUGGAAAGGUCGCCCCUGUGUACUUUGCCAUCGAGUACAUUCGCACACCUCUUUCUUCGCUGAAGGGGGAGAAUCGGAACAUCAAGACGGACGUCUUGAAGUCACUCUUUCCUGCUAUGCUCGCCGGCCAUUACCUUCCGCUAUUUGCCAAUUUUUUCGCCUCUACUGUUGAACGUCGUCAGUCUAUCAAUGCAUGGUGGCAAUUGUUCCCGCUGGUAGUUCCUUUGGUUCAACUACCGCUUCGCUUAUUGGCAAAGCCCCAAGCAAACAUUGAAAAGAAGAAAAAGACGGCUUCGGACCACAAAACGAACUUGCUCUGGACACGUUGCACUUAUGGUUUAUUGGCUGCAAUCUCAGGGCUAUCCUUCAUCUACGCUCGUUGGUCCGCUCCUCAAGGUACCUCCUUGGCCAAGAUCUUCUUACCCGGUCUGUUCGAGCAUACCCAGCCUAUUACCUCGUUUGCUCAAGGCAUUGCACGAUUCCUGAAAUACGAUGAUAUCUUCUCUCUUGGUGCUGGCUUUGUCUGGUUGGGGCUGAGGUUCCGGGAGCUGCAGCAGUCUGGAGUACCGGUUUCAUGGUGGAAGUCGGUGUGUGCCUUGGUGGGAACUACCGUUACUAUUGGCCCUGGUGCAGCAUUGGCAUUGGGCUGGGGAUGGAGAGAGGAGAUUCUGGCUGAGACCCCUGCUGUUGAAGAUAAUUAG